AUGGACUCCGAGUACUCCUUCUCAUUGACUACCUUCUCCCCCUCCGGUAAGCUGGGUCAGAUCGAGUAUGCUCUCAAUGCAGUAUCGAUGGGGAAACCCGCCUUGGGAAUCAAGGCUAAGAAUGGUGUAGUGCUGGCCACCGAGAAAAAGUUUCAAACUAUCCUAGCCGAGGAAGAUUCCAUCCGGAAGGUUGACAACUUCACCAACAGGAUAGGAUGUGUACUAUUCGAGUGGAGGAGGAGGGCCUUGCCACUGAGUAUAGGAGUAUUCCACUCUGAGGUUGGUGCAGCACGGAAAGCCCUUAUGGCAUGGGCGAUAGCUGUGUCGCUGAGCGGGCAGGCCUGUGGGUGGAGGAUAGAGACCCCGUGUCGGGCAGGACGUACCAUUUGCUCAACCGCUGAUCUGAUGAUAGCAGGCACUGCAUUAUGCCAGCGGUUGGUGGAGCAUGCAGUCAAUGCACGUUCGAACGUGAUGCAGGCAAUAGGCUCACCGGAGACCACCAUCGACGAGUAA